GGUUACGUCGCAAAAAAACGUGCACCGUGCUUGUUUACAUAAGUAAAAAACCACCAUACGGAGUAAAUAAAGUAAUAUACAAUUGAUUGAAGAGAGAGCGAUUGAUCGCGAUGGUGCGGAAAUUGAAGUAUCACGAGAAGAAGCUUCUGAAGAAAGUGGAUUUUCUUUCGUGGACGGUCGACAAUAAUCUUCACGAGGUUAAGAUCUUAAGACGAUAUUGCAUUCAGAAAAGAUCGGAUUAUACAAUAUACAACAAACUGUCGCGCGAGAUAAGAGAAUUGGGUAAGAAGAUCAAGGAAGUCGAGCCCGAUCAUCCAUUUCGGAUAGAACAGAGCGCUGUGUUGUUGGAAAAACUCUAUAUGAUAGGAUUGAUUUCUACAAAGUGGGACUUGGCUCAGACCCAGAAGGUGACCGCCAGUUGCUUCUGCAGGCGAAGACUUCCGGUUGUUAUGGUUCGUAAUAAAAUGAGCCAAACAAUACCGAUGGCAACCAAACUGAUAGAACAGGGUCACGUCCGAGUCGGAGUAGAAGUUGUGAAGGAUCCUGCAUUUUUGGUAACGAGAAACUUGGAAGAUUUUGUUACGUGGGUGGACACCUCAGCUAUUAGGAAACAUGUGUUACAGUACAAUAAUCAGAGGGACGAUUUUGAUAUGGUAUAAAUUUAUUAUUCUCUGUUAAGAUACUUGUACAGUUUUACGAUAAAACGCAAAUUGCAUAAAAAAGUAUUUAUAAUAAAAAUUCUCUGCUAUCGAAGAAUGUCUUGAUUCUUGAACAUACAUCUCUCUCUCUCUCUAUAAUUGAGAUCCGCAAUAAAUCUCAAUCAUCAUGUAUAAUACACACAGUCGAGGGAUUUUACAGGAUAAAUGCACUUAUACCAAAUGGAAUGUUUGCAAAUUGACAAACUGCGAGAUCGUUCGUUGUAAUGAAUUAAAAUUUAUUGAAAAAAUUUUAAAUCAAGAGUCGUCGACACUUCCAGAUUUGUACGAGUUUGAUUGAACAUGGAAACUGAUUAAAAACACAAGUGCACGCGAGAAGAUCGAUGUCACAUAAAAUUUAUGAUUUCGUAGAAAUUCGCCGCCAAACUAUUGUAGAAUUUUUUUCAGCGCAAAAACGUCCAUCGUUAUAUGUUUUACUCGCGACAUGGAUAAUCGCAUCUUCGAUUCGUGGUGCGAGAAUCAGGACGGCCACAUUCGCACUCAAAAAUGACGCACAAGCGAAUGCGGGGUACAUGUAAAUUUUUUUUUCUUUUUUUUUUUUUACACAAUCCGCGCUGACACUAGAAGAUCCGAAAUUUGUUUUUGCUCGCAACAACAAAUUUUGUUCUCACGCAAGAGACAUUUCGAGUUUACAUCGCAUCGAAAACAACAAAUUUUCAGAAACAAUUUGAGUUUUUGAUUUAACGCGAGAAACACACAGCGUGUAUAUAUGUACAAAAUGACGCGGAAAAAAAAUUUCACACAGCAAUUGUCCGUAACCACGUGCAUUCCGAGCAGCCUCACUCAUUUACACGUUACUCUUACAAUGGUAAUUAGUAUGAUUACAUUAAUAUGAUUUAUUAUGAUUAUGUGAUACAAAUGUUACAUGUUAAUAUUUUUAUAGUAAUCGGCAGUCUCUGUGCUGGUCUCUGUGACACCGCCGCCGCGUUACGUGAUCUUCAUCAUUACAUUCUAGAGAGAUUUGUGCACGGCGCGCGUCUCCGGAGAAAGAGAGGAACCGCGCCUUUCAUCCAUUUCUCUAGAACGUAAUUAGUGAAUCAAACGGGAGCGUGUGUCGGCUCAGGUCCCUAAGUAUCUCCUCUUUCUCCUCUCCUCCUCCUCCUCCCCCUCCUCCUCCUUAUUCUCCUUCACCAUCAACUAUUUACAUAAUUGCCUUGCGGAAUCUCUCCGUAUAAUACGCUGCAGUUUUUAAAUUUUAUAUUCAAGGAAAGAAAAACAAAUUUCUCUCGCAUAUUGUUGUUUUUCACGUGUGUUCCGGAUUUUUUUUUUUUUUACACCACAUACCGCACCGUCCUUUCGCAGCGUAUUCGCCACACCGUGUGAAAAGUUUUUACCAAUUUGUUUUUCAAAUGAAACAUGAAUCAUGAUCACGCGUUUAAGUGUGUGGUAGUUUAGCAAUAUAUUUACAUAAAUAUGUGUAUAGAACCGUGUGUUCACGUGACACUUCAGAGAUACACACAAACGCUCGUAGAGAGAAAUAUCGUACAAAAGAAAGAAGCAGAGACGAAGUUGAAGAAACGAACGAAAAGAAAAAAGAAAACUACAAGAAGACAAAAUAGCUGUUCACGGUUGUUCACGGAUUAAUUAUUACGAAUAUAGAGCAGAGAUAUUUUACUUAACUUUGCGAGAUACAACGCGGUAGUCUAUCUCACUUACUUAUCGAACGUGUUUUUCGCAUUACUACCUAUUGUUGACUUUCUUAUGUGAAUUUAUACACAUUAUAUAAUAAAAUAUAACAUUUUGCUGUUCUCUCUCUCUCUCUCUUAACAAUCAUAUUUCGUUCCUUUCCCGGAAGAAAUAUAAACGUUUCACUUUACAAUCGACCUACUGCUUUUUACAAGUUUAUUUAACAUAUUCUAUUCUAUCGAUUAAUCUUAACGGGAUAUUCAGUGUGUAUGUGUGUGUGUGUGGGUGCGCGUGUGCAAACUAUAUUGUCUGUACGGUGUAUAUUUCUCGACAAGAAAAUAUUAUUUUUUUUUUUAUAAAUUUAAUAUUGCGCCGUUUCAUAGAGAUGUUGCUUUUGCUGGAAGACUAACAUGAAUCUGAAUAUCACGUUAACUUAUAUGAAUUUGCAAUCUACAUCGUUACCACCGUGGUUUCGCCCAAAGUCUGAGAAAUUGCGGCAAAAAUUUUCUAAGUUAUUUCUCAGGUUUUGGAGAAUUCGUUCAAAUUGUUUUAAAGAACAUCUAUGCUUCUCUCGAAUAUCAAUAAAGCUGCAUUCACUUGCAGCAAUCAUUUUGCUAAGCUGCAAUUUUUUAUUUUAUUUUAUUUUAUUUUAUUUUAAAGUAGUUAACUAUUUUAAAGUAGAAAGAUAGCACGAAGCAAUUAUAUACGUUUAAUAAAGAAUGACAGAGUGAUAUAUAUAUGUACGUAUGUGACAAAAGAGUGAAUAAAAAAAAGGAAUUGAAAAAAAUUACAUGCGUUUAGCAAAUCAAUGGCAGAGAAGAAACUUUUUUGAAUAACUAUACACACAAAGUAAGGCUGGUGCGUCGGCACUGAAAAUGAAUUAGUGCGCAUAAAUCCAAGAAGAAACAAACUGACCGUUUCGAUCGAAAAGAAAGAUUCUUACAGAUGUACGUAUGACUAUAUCUACAAAAACUUUUAUAUGUUUUAAUUUUAACACGCUCUUUUUUUUGUAUAUUCGCUUUGGAGUAGUGUGUCGUAAUUCUUUUUUUUUUGUUUUUUGUUUUUACACAUAGGCAGUUUUACAUACGCUACUGUACAAGAUGAAGCGCAAAAAGACUCUUAUACAACCUCUUUUUCCCACUUCAAUUUAAGAUCAUAAAUUUAUCGGUAUAAAUAAAUCUACGGUAUGAGACGCAAACGUAAUUCUCUCAAUAUUAAAUAUUUCACCUCUCUGAGAAGAUUCCGUAUACCAUAUACAUGUAAAAAUCUGUCACAGUCAGAGUCACACAUUCGAUAUCCAUUACGAAAUGUUUAGUGACAGUUCUGUUCUGCAAAAACGACUCAAUUUAUUAAUCGAAAUAUUCAUUUCUUUUUUUCGCAAACCAUAAUAGAUUAGAGCCGCUUAUUGUUUUAUCCGUUAAGAGGAUGCUUGAACCGUCCUGUUUUUUAUCGGCGUUUCUUAUUCCGCAUUCGUUAAUAGGAAUAAAAAACGCCACUUCGAACUAAAAGAGAAUAUGUUAAAAAAGUGGAACGUAUAGAAAAAUUCAAGAAAAACGAAAAAAAGUUUGUGAACUUGUUACCACGUAGGCUACAUUUUUACUUCAUGUACAAAAUUGAUAGUACAAACGAAACGCUUAUACUUUCCACUUCUAGAAACAUAAACGAUAUUAUUUUGAGAAAAUUCUUGAAAAAUCAAAGUUCGCUUCGGCAUCCUCUUAAACUUUGUGUUAAACUUACAGGGCCGAUUGUUCCGAACUUUUCCGAAUAAAAUAUCUAGCAAUUGACGUGACAAGUAUCCUAUACAUUUUGUCCAGCACAAUCCGUUCUACGGACAAGAGCGUUAUUAAGGAAUAAACGUGUUGGAAAGACCGGCCCCCUCCGGACAAUAUUUGAAUUUGUUAAUCCUCCAAUAUUAUGCUAUCUCAUUAAGAAAACUCCAAAGUACGUACGAGGAUACUUAUUACGUAUUACAUAGACCGCAGCUUUGAAGAAAUAAAGCUGUGAAGAAAUAAUUUCAGACAGUUUUCAACUGUACAACUUCGCGAGAAUGAAAAUGAAACCUUAAAUAUGAAUAUAGCGGAUAGACAUAAGCUUUGGAAGAUUGACAAUGUAUACCCCCACAUCUUUGCUCACUCACAAUCAUGAUUUCUUUACAAAUUAUAUUUUUACAUACUGCGGAAUGCACGUGGUGAUAUUCGUUUGCGUUUCGAUCGCCAUAAAAAAUCCAUGUCAUCACAAAAACUGUUUCGCUGUCUUUUAGUGUCGGCGAUUGAAGGUAAAAAAAAGACAUUUCUUUGCACACAACGUGGACUUUUUUUUUUUUCUAAC